CGGCAGCCUCGUCAUCUUCUCCUAUCGCGCUCGGAGCGAUUGUUUGCCUCCAUUUCUUUUCUUUUUCGGACCGGACCGAACCGGACUGGACCGAAGCAUCCUUUUAACCCGCGCCGUUUUGAGCGAUGGACGUAGAGCGAGGGCAAAGUUGUUAGAAAACGAUGCCGGGCGACGCGGACGCCGGUGUCCCGGCGGCUCCGCCCCCGGCGCCGCCUCCGCCGCCGGCCCCCGCGCCGAGCAGAAAGAAGCGUCGGGUGCGCAGCUUCUUCUGGAAGCCCAUCCCCGAGGAGAAGGUCCGGCAGCGGCCCAACAUAUGGACGCUGGCGGGACGGCGCCAGCGCUAUCAGAUCGACGCGCGCUCCGUGGAGGAGCUUUUCAGCCAGAAGGAGGAGGCGGGGACGGGCGGCCUAGGGGCGGUGCCCCGCGCUCCCGGUUCCCGCCCCCGAGCCUUUAAAGAUGUCGCCAAGGAGGGGAUGAGCAUCCUGGACUCCAAGAGGGGAAUCAAUGUCGGCAUAUUCCUCAAGCAGUUCAAAAAGUCCAACGCACGUAUUGUGGAGGACAUCCGGCAAGGAAGCGGCGGCGGCGCCUACGGAGCGCAACCCCUCAAAGAUUUGCUCAAGCUGCUGCCCGAUGCCGACGAGACGGCGAAGCUGCGGGCGUUCCGAGGCGACCCGGACAAGUUGCCGCUGGCCGACUCUUUUAUGUUCCUGCUCAUCCAAGUGCCGCGGUUGGAGGUGCGUAUGGAGGCCAUGGUGCUGGGCGAGGAGUUCGCCCCGUCGUGCGCGCUGUUGAGUCGCGACGUGGACGUGCUACGCGUCGCCGCCGGAGAGUUAAUGGGCUGCGAGGAGCUCCACGCCAUUUUGCACCUGGUGCUGCAGGCCGGAAACAUCCUGAACGCGGGAGGCUACGCCGGCAACGCGGCGGGCUUCAAGUUGUCGUCGCUGCUCUCGCUGGCCGACACCAAAGCCAACAAGCCGGGGAUGAACCUUUUGCACUUUGUGGCCAUGGAGGCUAAGAAAAAGGACGAGACACUGUUGAAGUUGCCAGAAAAACUUAGCCAUGUCCAGAGUGCAGCCAGGAUCUCCGUGGAGAACACAGAGCUGGAGUUGUCGUCCUUGUCCGCCCGGAUCCGAAUGCUGGAGGAGAAGACGCGGGGAGACUCGGACUUGUUGCGUCAACUGGAGCCUUUCCUGCAGAGUUCGUCUCGGACGCUGGCGGAUCUGAACCGUCGACAUCAGGAGCUUCGCCGUGAAGGGGAUGCGCUGGUGGACUUCUUCUGCGAAGACAGGGAUGCCUUCAAGUUGGACGAGGGAUUCCGCAUCUUUCAUGACUUUUGCGUCAAGUUUCAGAAAGCCGUCCAGGACAACGCGCAGCGUGAGCUAAAGGAGGCGGCCGAGCGGCGUCGCCUCAAGGAGCUGGAGGGAAAGCGGAUGGCAUGGUUGGAGACGGCCGGCGGGGCGUUGGCCAGAAGCGGGAGCGAGAACGACGUGGGGACCCUCAAUGAGGGAGCUCUCCUUGACUUCUUACGUGGGCGCUCCGGUAGUCCGCGCGCGUCGCCGGCUCGCUUGUCCGGCGCCAGACGACGCGUGGCAGACCAAGAACUGCGUGGCUACCCAGAGCUUUUCUAUAACAGCCUUCCCCGGUCGGGACGCAAAAGUGCCGCUGGUGCCGAAAGCCCCCUCUCUAAUGACCCGCGUGCCCUUAGCGGCCGCGUGAACAUCAACGUAGAGAAGCUCACUUUGGUUCCUGGUCCGCAAUCGUUUCAAUUCCAGAAUCCAAACUUUUGGACUGAACCGGAAACGGAGAGAAGACCGCUUUCAGAGAAUCUCGACGACGCGCUUCAGGAAGUGCCGAUAGAUCCCAAAUCCUCCAUGACCUGCCGAACCGUCGGACCACUCGCCGGGUUCCCCGACGCAGACCAAGACCGGUUGGAAGACGGUAGCGGCUACUCGUGUGCCCUUAACAGCCGUGUGAACAUUAGCGUAGAGGAGCUCACUUUGGUUCCCGGUCCACAAGCAUUUCACCUUCAGAAUCCAAACUUUGGGACUGAACCGAAACCAGAGAGAAGUUUGCCUUUGGAGAAUCUCGACGACGCGCUUCCGGGAGCGCCAAUAGAUCCUUUGACGACAGAGACUGAGACUAGCUCCGUUUCCUCUACGACCUGCGAACUCGUCGGCCCCCUCGCUGGGUUCUCCGACGACCAGCAUGCCCUUAACGGUCGAGUGAACAUCAACAUAGAGAAGCUAACUUUGGUUCCCGACCCGCAGAAUCCAAACAUAUGUCCCGAACCGGAACCAGAGAGAAGACGACUGUCAGAGACUCUCGAUGACGUAGUUCUAGGAGAGGUUCUAGACGCCGCUUCCUCCACGAAUGAAGACACCUCACUACCCUUGGACACCCCGUCGUCCAGUGGGAAGCUAGUGUCGAACUCCCCGGACUCUGACGAAGCGGACCGCUCCGUCGUCUCCCGAGCGGACAACCUCGGAAAGCUCGCUACUCCUGACCCUCUCCCGGUGGGCGUCACGGAGCGAGGAACCCUGAUCUCAGACGUCACCUUGGCAAAAGAGACUCAUAGAUGCAGGGGUGGACCACUACGUCCACUACGUGACGGCAGAGACGUCGCACGCCGUAACGUCGUGCGAACGUUAACCGACAGCGAAAGCCAAAAUGCGCGGAAAGCCGUCGGCCGCCCGGCCGGGACAACCCCAGACCGAGGAGCCCCGCCGAGAGGGCGGCGCCAAAAACCUCCUGAUGAUUCUGAAGCCCAGAGACGGAGCGGUGUCGCUGGAUCCCCGUGUGCUUCAGCUAACCCGAGGAAGAUCGCUUCGGUCAAUAAGCCGGCCGCCGACCCACUGAGGAACAUCCCCAAGCCGGCGCCCGAGGAGAAGAUGUGCCGCUCGGCCCGCGUGGCGUCAGCAAACGGCGGCGUGCGUUCGCCAGCCCGCAGGGAUUCGUCCGAUGUCCCCGGCUUCGCCCGCAGCACAGUGGCUUCAUCUUGCCGGACUAAGAGGGAUGAGUUAGCACCUUCCGCCGCCCUCGUUCGACACGCGUCGGUCAAGCAGAGUAAAUUAGCGUCCGGCGAGGAGCGCCGCACUCCGCGGAGAGCGCAUAGCGUCAAAGCUAGCAGUCGGAGCGGUAGUACCAAACCCAUCUGGAAGUAAACCACGACUACGGUAUUUGUUCUCCCAAAUGGGACACUUAUCCAGAGCAUUUUAUGUGAUCCAAAAUCAACAGGAAGUGACCCACAAUCAACAGGAGGUGGCCCGUAAAUGGGCAAAAAUGAACAGGAAGUGACCCAAAAUGAACAGGAAGUGGCCUGUAAAUGCCUGAAGAUGAACAGGAAGUGACCCAAAAUCAACAGGAUGUGUCCUGUAAAUGCUACAAAAUUAACAAGAACUGACCUAAAAUCAGAAGGAAGUGACACAAAACCACCAGGAAGUGACCUGUAAAUGCCCCCAAAUCGACUGGAAGUGUCCCAAAAUCGAUAGGAAGUGCCCCAUUAAUGCCCCAAAAUCAACAGGAAGUAACCUGUAAAUGACCCAAAAUUAACCAGAAGGGACCUAAAAUCAACAGGAAGUGACCCAAAAUAAUUGGGAAUUCAUCUGUACAUGGCUCUAAAUUAAUAGGAAGUGAACGAAAAUCAUCCGGAAGUGACCUGUAAAUGACCUAAAAUUAACUGGAAGUGACCCAAAAUAAACAGGAAGUGACCCAAAAUCAGCGGGAAAUCACCUGUACCUGUAAAUUAAUUGGAAGUGACCCAAAACCACCAGGAAGUGACUUGUAAAUGCCCCUAAAUUAACAGGAAGUGACCCCAAAAUCAACAGGAAGUAACCUGUUUAUGACCCAAAAUUAACCGGAAGUGACCUUAAAAUCAACAGAAAGUGACCCAAAAUCAAUAGGAAGUGCCCUGUAAAUGACCGAAAAUGAACCGAAAGUGACCUAAAAUCAACAGGAAGUGACCCAAAAUGGACAUGUAGUGACCCGUUAAUGCCUCAAAACCAACAGGAAGUGAUCUGCAUUGGCGGCCAUCAAUGGUGCUAAAGUUCAAUCCAUUUUCGGACGAAUUAAAGAUGACUAUGGAUACGCAGCUCUAGUUUUAUGACAACAUUUAUUUCCUGAUCCGUGUGGAGACCUUACCGAGCUAACUCCUGCGAUUCUACGCGAACGCACUGGCUGCCAUUGACGGUGAUAGACGUCCAUUCCGUUUAGACAGGGAAGCCAAUGAGUUAACUUUAAUGUUGUGCAGUUUGCUUUUGUGUUUAGGACGCCCCCUUUCUGUAGAACGAAUUAGUGGUAUGACGCGAAUGCUAAUUUAGCAUUUUUUUCUUCAAUGUUACAUUUUGUGGGGUGCAAAUUGACUGUGAUUAUUAGCAUUAUUUAAUAGUAACACUUGUUACUGUGUGUAGCUUUAACUCAGUCGGUCCAAAUAUUAGGGACACCUGAGCAUUUGAAAGCUAUUACAAAAAAAAAAAAAAAAAAAAUCCAAGAAAUUGUGUAUGUGUGUGUUAAAUUGUUUAUAUUUUGG